UUCAUUUUGCGCAUGCGCUACGGAAAAAUGAGUCAACUUGGUUCAUGGCUGGCCUACUUUCAGAAGUAAGGAUUAUACCUUCUUUCUGUUUCAGCCUCCCAUAUGCAUGAAGGCAAUUUUAACAGGAAAAAAAUGCAUAUAGGGGAAAUCCCCGUAGCCGUACCGAACCUUCGGCUUACGUUUACAGGGCAAGUUGAGCUGCACUUUCACGUGCAAUAAUCUUAAGGGUUAUGUUUCCGUAUGCAAGAAGUGUGUUACCUACGUUGUCGUGACAGUUGAAAGACACGGACUACGUAAUGAAGGAAGUGGAAUCGACAAGUUAGCGUUUUCCCUGGAACUGUGGGGAAGGAUAAUGGCCAGAACAAAUUUGGUGUAUCUUUUGCUCGUCACAACAGCGCUCUUCACAGCAGAGGCUGCGAGAAACUCAGCGAGAAUCACAGCUCCAGGCAGUGUGACCGUUCGGAGAGGAGAGCCACUGCUGUUGUCAUGUAAUGUAACAUUUCAGACUGUUGAUGUGAGGACGGUUAGGUGGGAACGAAUGCAAAAAGACGCAAGUAGGACUCCAGCGGUCUACGGUGAGAUUGAUGUUUCGGGAGGCUGCGUGUUGCUUACUGCAAACCUGUCAUGUAUGGCUGUGAACACGACUGACAACCGUGGCAUCGUGCGAUAUGAAAGAGGCACAAGUAACAACGCUUGGUUGACACUCACAAUUAGUGAAAGUCAACUCGAAGACAGCACGGAUUUCCAGUGUGUAUUUCAUGUAAAUGGAAGCAGAAAUGAGGCAAACAUACAGGUGACUGUCAACUUCUUCCCAAAUACAUCUUAUCCUGUCUGUUUCGUGUCAUCGUAUCUAACAUAUCCAACCCCGUCAAUUCUUACGUGCUUGUCUGAGACAGCUCGACCGAAUAUUUCCCUUCAGUGGACGACGUCGGUUGAUGCACCAGACAUUCCCCUCGAAGGGAGGGUGGAAACUGCUGGUGGGCAAGUUGUAAGUAAGUUGCAUCUUAACUCGUCGUGGACCUACAAGAGCUUCACUUGUCACUUGACGAGCGGGGCGUUUCCCAAUAUGGAAAGGCAGUGCUCCGUGGAUAUUGGACCGGUAUUAGCAUCGACCAUCGAUUCUUCAUCGGCAACAAUCCAGGACCGCCAGCCUAUCAGCACGGAUGCACUUAGGCCGACUGUUUAUCCCACGAGCUCAAACAAACCAGACACAAAGUCUCGUUUAUCCUCUACUCUGAUAAUUGUAGUGUCGGCAGGUGUCGUCAGUGUUAUCAUCAUUCUUCUUGCCAUCAUUGUAUGCCUGGUGUCGAAAAGGAGGAAAUCAAGGAGUUCGGAACAGGGAAAGACGACCCUUCAUUUGUCCAUUCCUGCCUUGGCAGGCGACGAUGCUGGAGGCCACAUCUACCACACGAUCGACGGCCCGUCUACGAAUGGUGGAGGGGAAGACAGAGACGCCAGCCAAAUUCGGGACUUCAGACCGACAGGUCUACCGCUAUCUGCCACAUCCAGUUCUGCCACCGCGUCCAAACUGUUACCAUCGUAUGCAGUCCUUGAUCCUGACAAGCCAGUGUAUGCUGCUGUCCAGAAGAAGGCUGCCUCAUCACAUGAUGCCAGAAGAAACCCAAACGAUAUGAAAAGAUCGUGCCAGGAAAACCCGCAUGCCGUAGGAGAGGCCUCUUCCGAAGCAGUAAACUUUCAUACGGUGGACGGGUUGGAGCACCGGCUUGACGGUAGUAGCGAAAACGGAGAGUGCACCACAGACUUCGUGGACAACAUCUUGUACGUUUCUUCGCCGGAUGAUGCACUAGGACAUGAGUAAGGGUCUGAUAUAGCAAGGUCAAAGGUCAAAUUCUAUUUUCGGCCAUUUGACUUAGCUGCUGGAAGUUGGGUGAGAUUUUUUCGUACCCUUUUCCCAUUCAUAAAACUACGAAAGUAUCUAGGAUUACAAAGAAAUACAUUUUAUUAGUUACAAUAUACUCGUUGUAAAUAAUUGCUGUGGUUCUUUACUGAGAACAUUUUUCUCAAAUGUUUCCUUGAAAACUUUGGCUUUAAUUCUAAGCUAUAGAGCAUAAAUUUUAGACAUCUCUGUUCAUCAAACAUAUAGCAACAACAUUAUUUAGAUGUAUUCAGAAUAGACACUGAAACUAUUUUUUCAAGGUUUAUGAUAUUACAGUUGGAACUAAGGAAAUUUUGAACAAAACCUCCAGUGUUGAA